AAAAGUGGCAAAGUUAGUCCCAGCUUGGCUGUCGUUUUGCGAAUAUCUCUUUCCAUUCCUGCCCAGUGUGUAGCUCGAUAAGAUGGUGUCACAGGCUACAGUGCGCUGUUCCGCCCUGGUGCUGGUGGUUCUGGUGUUUGCCACCAGCGUAGUUGAAAGUGCUCCGCAGAAAAAGUUCCCCUUUGCCAAGGCUCGGUUAGCCGCACCGGAACCGGAAGAGCGAGCAAGUGCGGAAGCAGUGGCAUCUUCCCAGGAAGCCGCUUCCCAGGAGUCCGCUAGUGAGGAAUCGUUGGAGAAGAUCCAAGCCAAGUCGGCUCAGUACGCGUACGAUACGUCCGUGAACGAUACGAUCAACGAUCAUGCCAUCAUGCGCCAGGAGGAACGCAAUGGGCUGUCGCUGAAGGGCAUGUACUCGUACAGCGACGGGUUCUUCAAGCGUACCGUCCACUACGAAGCGGACGACAAGGGCUACCGUGUGGUGAAGGAGAUUAACAUCCCGAUCGGUAACGGACCGCAGGUCGAUCCGCACGGCAAGGCGGACGUGUCAUCUUCGCUGACCGGUUCGUACUCGAUCACCGCCGACGAUAUUGCCAAACCGCAGCGCAACGGUGUGGCGGCAUCGUCCGAGGAGGCAGCAGCGUCGUCGGAGGAGGAGCAACCGGAAGAGGAUCCAGUUGCGUCGGACGAAGAGAAGAAGUAGGAAAGCGGAAAAGCGGGCAAUGUUUGCGUGCUGUUAUGAUCGUCUCACGGCUCCGGUUAUCGUUGAAUGCAAUAAAAGAUCUGACUGUUAUUUAUGAACAAAUG